ACCACAGCAUUAAUUAUUAAACCUAAAACUGUUUCCGUCGAAUAUUCUCGAGAAAAUUCCAGCAAUUCCUUUAUCUUUAUAAGCAACUUACACACACACACACACACAUCUCAAACCUAAACCCAAAUCCAAACCAUUUCAGAAUAUAGCAAUUGAUAAUUAAUUGAUCCGAAUUGUUGCGGAAAUCUCAAACCUAAAUCCAAACCAUCUCAGAAUAUUGCAAUUGAUAAUUAACAGAUCCAAAUGGUGGUUUUAGCGAGAAAGAAACGAGUCACUGAUCCGUUCGACGACGAAGCCAAAGCACGUCUCGUCGGCGGCGGCGACCACCGGCAAUUGAGCUACGUCAGCAGCGGGAGCGAACAUUCCGGCAACGGCGACGGACACUCGCCGUGUCUCUCCGAGCUCGUGCAUGAUUUCCUCGAGGACAAUGGCGACUCGGAGAACAACAACUCAGCGGGGAACGAGUUCGACUCGGAGCGAGUCGACUCCGUCACAGACUGCAUUGACUCAGUGGAGGAGCUUCUCAUGUUAAACGCAUCCAACGUUUCAGACUCUUAUAAGAGCUUGCUUCUCGAGCAUGCUUCGGAGGCAUCAGAGAAGUUCGAGUUUUUGAAAGAAGGAAACGUUUCGUCGCAUCGCCGAAACGCGAUGUCGUUUCUGCGCGAGAAGGGGCACAAUGCGGCGAUUUGCAAAACGCGGUGGGACUCUUCCGGUGGAGUAACUGCAGGUAACUAUGAAUUCAUCGACGUGGUGCAAUCUGGGCCGGCUACGUGGCACAAAAGGUACUUCGUGGACCUUGAUUUCGUGGCCCAGUUCGAGAUCGCACGGCCCACAAGCGAGUACUUAGAGUUUCUUAAUUAUGUGCCGCGAAUAUUCGUUGGGACGGAGGAGGAGCUAAAACGCACCGUGCGGGUGUUGUGCGGAGUUGCGAGGCGUUGUUUUGGGAAGAGAGGGUUAAGUCUGCCUCCAUGGAGGAAGAACCGGUACAUGCAGAACAAGUGGUUCGGUCCGUAUCGGAGAACCGCGAACCCGGUUCACGGAAACCCGGUUCCAACGGUCGUGUCUGCGUUGAGUGGGGCCAAAUGUAGGUUCGUGGGGUUCGACGACGCGUUUCGGAGGCCAGACAUGGCGGUGUGGUUGUAACUACGAGAUAAUCGAUGAUAGUUUCAGCAUUUAUAAUAAUUUACGUAUUUCUUUGAUGAAUUAAGUUAGAUUUUUUCCGAACGUUGUUAAUUUUUUUUUUAAUUUUAGUUUAGGAGCUGAAAGAUCGAUUCUGUAAAAAAGAAAUAAUAAUUUAAAUUUUGAUGAAAAAUUGAAUGAAAAUUGGAGUUGAUGGGAUA